UAAAGUUGUUCAAAUAACAUGUUGGUCUCUGAACAUGGCUGCCGAUCAUCGACAUAAGUAAUGUCUGUCUAGUAUUGCCUCAGUGCUAAUUAUUCAAGUCAAGCCAAAUUCUUUACAUCUGUACGACAGAUUUUUAUGUUUUUAUUAAGAAUUGCGUCUUAGGUCAAUAUGGGCUCCUCCUCCCUCAUGAGUAAUACUGUACCUGACUGUGUUGUGUUCACUUGUUAAGGAAAACUUCUCUUAAAGUGGGGGUUAAAGGUAUCAAGAUAGCUGCCAAAGAUGGAAAGUGGUCCAUUCAGUCGUCGGUCCUGGGCGGCACAGUCUCUGCGCGUGACCGCCAAGGAGCUGUCACUCAGCGGCCGAGGGAAAAACAAUGCCCUUGCUGAACGUUUCUCCAAGUACCAGAGAGCUGCUGAGGAGUCAAGUGCCGAAAAGAAAAAAGCUUCUGAGAGUGCAUCCUCCUCCCUGCGGUUGGGUAACCUGAGUGCUCUAAAGAAGCGCUGGGAGCAGGCACAGAACAAGCCUUCCUCCAUCCCAGCUCCGAGCCAGCCCAGCUCCCGCACCAGGCCUCCUGCUCUGACCAGGCCUGCUUCUAUCACUGAGCACUGUCCUCCAUUAAAGAGCCCCAACCUGUCAACCGCUCAGGGAGGUCAACUCGCAGCCAGUCGUGUCCAGCAGCCCACAGCAGCUCCAGAAGAACCCAAAGGUGAAGAGCAGAGAGGGAUGGACAGGGAUGAGCUGAUGCACCGUGAAAGACCGGAAAAGCUUGACGAGCAAGUUCCAACCAGCCCCUGUGCCUCUUAUGAAAAACCCAGAGUGCCACUGAACAACCUGAAGAUGAAGUUUGAGAGGGGAGAGGACACAGCGGGCAAGGGUGGCAGGACGACACUUCGCAGUACUUCAUCAGAGGACAUGGACCAACAUGGUGGUUCAUCUGUGCCCGACAGAGUGUUGGAGUCCACAUCCAUGAGGGAGAAGAUGGCCAAGUACCAGGCUGCUGUUUCUAAACAAGGCACCUCUCGCUCUGGUCUGGCCCCAAAAACGUCUGCCUCACUAAAUCAGAAAGACAUUCCUGCACCUGAGUGCAAUGGGGAGAGCAGCGAGCAACCCAAAGCAUCUCGGAAGUUCAGCCCACCAUUGAGGGAGACGUGCAUCGCUUGUCUGAAGACGGUGUACCCGCUGGAGAGACUGGUGGCUCUUCAGCAUAUCUACCACAAGAACUGCUUCCGCUGUGUUCACUGCAGCACAAAGCUCAGCCUUCUGACCUUCGCCUCUCUGCAUGGUAACGUCUACUGCAAGCCCCAUUUCAGCCAGCUGUUUAAAGCUAAAGGCAACUACGAUGAAGGCUUUGGCCAUCGGCCUCACAAGGAGCUCUGGGAGCCUCGAGCUGAUGGAGAAGAAGGUGAGGAAGCCAGGACGCCAACGGAACAACAGAAACCAGCAGUGAUGACACGUCCAGCUGAGACAGUCCAACAGGAGACAAUCCAACAGGAGACGGUCCAACAAGAGAGCCCCACUGAGGAAUCAUCCCCACAGGUUAAAGUCACAGAUAUGACCGCCUUACUCGAGACACGUGCACAGACACGUGGCAGGUCUGAUGAGAAGCUUGAGUCUGCAGAGAAGCCAGCUGAGAAGCGCAGGCUGAGGAUCGCCUGGCCUCCCCCGGCUGGUGAGAGCCACUCUGGGUCAGAAGCACUUAGUCCGGUCACAGAGGGAGCUUCUUCAGGCCGACCCUGGAGAGCCAAGUGGCCCCCAGAGGACGAUGUGCCAUCAUCCUUUCAGAGCACAGAUCGGGCUGAACUGAAGAGCCUGAGGAGAAGCACUUCUCUGAAGGAGCGCUGUCGGCCUUUUACAAUCGCAGCUAAACCCAGCGCCGCAGCCAGCGCGGGUCCCAGGGAGCCUCGUCGCCCUCUCAAAAACCUGCUGGAAUGGAGAGCAUCGUUUGAAGAAAAGCACCCAUCUGAAGAGCAACCGAAGGAAAAUAAGCCAGAGCUUCAGCAGGUGAACCAGCAGGAGAAGAAAGAGAAGACUGAAAUACAGAGUGAAGACGCAGCAAAUGCAAGCAAGGCCUUCUCAGAGGAGACCGAGCAACAACAAGAAGACAAGCAAGUACAGAGAGGAAAGGCAGCCGCAGAUGAGACAGCGGUAGAAGAAGGCUCUCUGAGAAGCAUCUCUCCGGAUAUCUCACCGUCCCCCUCUCCACCUUUACAGCCCAAACAGAACCGUGCCUCCCAGGAUGUGGGCUUCUGGGAGGAGGACAAAGAAGGAAGUGAUGCCGAGGAGCUGAGUGCAGAGGAUAUAAUCAAGAGGAACCGCUACUAUGACGAGGAGGACUCUGACUCAUAGAGACAUCAUAGUCUAAAUGUCACGUCCAUCCAACAUGCAACACUUUGUCGUUUUUUUUUCCUCAUUUUAUAGAUCACAAUGUAGCUUUGCCAGAUUUUAUAGUGUUAAAAUAGAAGAGAUGCAAAAAAUGUGUAGGUGUAUGUAUGUGCGUUUUAUAUUGCAAUAACUGCCUUUAAUUGUUUAAGUACAAAUGUUUAAUAUUUU